CUCAAAAUCAAGCUCGGCGUCAGCUUGAUCAGCAACUCGCGGCCUUUCAGCUCAGGCUUGUCUCAGGGCCAGUCAUGGAGGACGAGGUCGCCACGUCGCCGUACAGCUCGGCGGCGCGCCGUGCUCGACCAUCGACGCCGCGAGUCGCGCGUGGCCGAGGCGCUGCUUCACCAGGCGCUCCUCACCCGGCCGGCUCUCGGCACAGCGCACGUGAGUUCUCUCUCUCUCCCUCUCAGCAGCCGCUCAGGCACAAGCUCGCUUUCGCUGGCGUCGGCAAAGCAAGACGGCUGCGCCAAGGUCUGAGCGCUUGGCCGGCUGAGCGCUUUUCCCGCGCCUAGCUGCUUGCGGCGACGGCGCGGCGCAUGAGCGCUGAUGCAGGAUGGCUGCUUGCGGCGCCGGCGCCGUACGCGCGGCGCCGUACGCGCGGUGCC